GAAGUAGUUUCGGUGUGGGAAACUGGCGUGCUACCGCCGCCAUUACGGCCCCGCUUAAGCGCGAGCUUCACUGAGGAUGUUGAAGCCGAAAACAGAGCCGAAAUGGAGCAGUUACAUGUCGGAAAGUGCCGAAUGUAAAUUGAGAGCCGCGUUGUGUCAUCCUGUGAACAGCGUGGACCCCCAGGCAAUGGCUGCCGUGACCCCCAUUAAACCUUUCAGCCCAGAGGAGACCAGAUGGAUUUUGGAGCAUUUGCAGCAUCCUACAGUUUUCCUGAACAUGACCCAGGGCUGGCCUGUCCUGCACUGGACUGCACAGCAUCUGUCAGGCUGCCUCCAAGACAGGCUGAUCCGAUUCAGACUCGGAAGGAAAGAGGCAACAAACGCUCCUCUGUUUGAGACUCAGUGUUCGUACAUUGAGGCCACAGUGACUCAGUUCCUGCGCUGGACUCAGCAUCAGACCGAUGUGGGGUCUUUCUCUGAAUACCCCUGCUCAGAGUACUGGGCUUAUGCUGACUACAAGUACAUCACCACGCUGUUUCACGAUCAACCUUCCAUGUUUGAGGAUGUAAAGUGGUCUGAGUUUGGCUUUGAAGGACGUAACGGGAAGGAGAGCACUCUUUGGAUUGGCUCAGAAGGGGCUAACACGCCGUGCCAUUUGGACACCUAUGGCUGUAACCUUGUGCUGCAGGUUCAAGGACGGAAACGCUGGCAUCUGUUCCCUCCAGAGGACACAGCGAAGCUUUACCCGACCCGGAUCCCCUACGAGGAGUCCAGCGUCUUCAGCCAGGUCCACGUUCUCCAUCCAGACCUGAGGAAGUUCCCGCAGUUCCAGGGGGCCAGGGCCCACACGGUGACUCUGGAGCCCGGGCAGGUGCUUUAUGUCCCCAGGCACUGGUGGCACUAUGUGGAGUCAAUAGAUCCCAUCACCGUCAGCGUCAACUCCUGGAUCGAGCUGGAAGUGGACGACGCAGCUCGGGUCAGCGAAGCCGUGACCAGGACGGUUGUGUGUGCGAUGAAAAGUGCUCCGAGUGACGACAACGCCGACACCUGGCUGAACCCCACUGAGGAAGAAAAGCUCUCCCAUGAAGAAAACAUGCAGUAUCUUAACCUGGCAGUGUCUGCUCAGAGAAAGAGGGGCCUCUUCCACAGGAAGCCCAGCCCGGACCCGAGGGCCACCCAGCCUGCCAAACGGGACUCAUGUGGACGACUAAAGCUCAGAGGAGACGGGGUCAAGGUCCCUGCGUCCGUCCGACUCCCGUUCGGGCAACAUCUCAUCCCCGUAAAGUGUCAAGAAGACGAACCGGAGAAAACGGUUCCGGAGGACUCUUCCUGUGAUGCUGCCGUCUCUCCCGGGGAGGACGGUUCUGCUGGCGCUAAGGGAAAACACACAUGUGGUGCUGAUUUAACUCAAUUUAGCUCUUGCGAUUUAGCGACGGAGCGCGGGAAUAAUCAGGGCUCAGGACCUUCGCUGAUUACCACUAACGACCUGUUAGACUGUCUGGUCCAUCCAGACAUCAUCAGCCGUGUAACAGAGCUUCUCCUGGAACGGCACGGAGGCGGCCAUCUUUAAUCUUCGAUCUUCACCUGCCGCAGACGGGAGGCGCUCCAUGUCGAACAUGAAUCUCCAGCAGCAAACUGCUCACUUCCUGCUGUUAUGCGACACCUUUCAUUUGUCCCCUCAUUCUGGGAUCCUCGCGCUGCAGACUCCAAAUUUGAAUAAACGCAAUUAUGUGGUGAGUCAUGCCGACGAGUGGCUCGGACAUUUCCUCCCUGUGUCAUCCAGAACAUGCUAAUCUGGUUUAGCUGAUUAGCAGAGGAAAAAAGACCACCUCGAUCAAGUUAGCAUGUUAAUGCAUCAAAUAAUUCAGAAUAAUAUUCCUCUGGUGGAAGCAUUUGUUCUCUCCGUGAUGUUUUGUUGUCAUUUAGUGAUAAAACAAAAUUGGGCCUGAACCUCCAUGACUUCCUGAUCGUAAUGGUUUCAGGAUGUAUAAGAGCUGAACGUGGAGUUAGUGACCGAAACUGACCAAAAUGUUUCAGACUUCUACAUUAAAAGUGUAAUAUACUUCUGAUUUAAUUGAUUUUACUUGUUGUUCGUUGCACAAAAGUCCAUUUCUGUCAACUAGAAUGUCGUAGAAAAGUUCAGAUAUUACAUCAGAACAAUAAAGGAAAGGGUUUCUAAAACAGAAA